UUUAAUUUUUCUUUCGAGUAUUAUGAUUAUUCAAAAUACAAAAAGUAUUCAAAGUGCUUCUUUGCUUCUUGGACGAUCUAGAUGUUCUUAUUUAGUUUUGAAAAAUUAUUCUACUGAACCAGGUGGAAAUAGCGGAAGACGGUCAUCACGCGUUUUAUUAAAAUCAUCUGCAAUUUUGGGAGUUGGUACUGCACUUUUUGGUGGAUUAGUUUGGUAUGAUGACCGAGUAAGGAAAACUGUUGAGGAGAAUAUUCCCUAUUCAAAAGAUGUUUUUGAUGCUGUUUUCAGUACAAUUGAGAGAAAGAGUAAACAAAUUAAAGAAAUUGAUAUCAGUCAACUUACUAAUUUUUAUGGUAAAGAGUCCCGAUCCAAUGAGCCACCGGGCAGCAACACCGAAGAAGGCAAACUUAAAUUAACUUCAAUCUUGGAUUUGACUCCAAAAUCUUCCACUAAAAUUUUACCAGAUACUAAAUCUGAAGUUAAAAGUGCUGAUUCAAUUGAACCUAUCGAAGUUCGUAAACAAAUAAAGAUCGAAAAUGAGAAGGGUUCUAAAUCAAAUGAUACAAUUUUGGAUAAUGAAUUUGAAGUGCAAAUAAUUGAAUCAUUAAAAUUGGCUACUGAAAAGGCAAGCGUGGCAAAAGAUGCAAAAUUGAAAACAAUUUCCGCUAUGCAAAAACAUUCAACAUUGCUAAGGGAAGCGGUUGGUCAAGGUCACCCGAAUUUUGGUGACAAUGUUGAUUGGGGAAAAGUUGAAAAUGCUGCUUCUCACGUAGAAGAGUUCUCGAAACAGGAUUUAGUUGCUGAGGCUGAAGCAAGGAAAUCAAUAGAUUCAUUAAAAACGAAAAUAAAUGAAUGGAGAUUAGAUCCAAAAAAAGCUUCUACGCCAGCUUUAACAAAUUCAGUUGAAACUGUUAAAAAGUUAACACUCCGUUUGGACGAAUUAAAUCUAUUAUUGGAGAAAGAACGUUCUCAAGGCAAUGUUCUCUCGAACUACAAAGAAUUAGUAAAUAAAGGACGCCAACAAUUGAAUGUAAAAGAUGAUUCAACAGCUUUUUCAAAUAUUAGUCAGAACAAAGAUGGAAAGAUGGAUGCAAAUAUGAAGGUUGAUGACUUAGAAAAACGAGCUGAAAAAUCUCAGUCAGGAGAAAGUCAAAAGAUUUUUGAGGCUUUGGAAAAACAACGAAAUAUUGACGAAAAACUUUCCAAGCUUCAUGUAGAUAUUGAAUUACAGAAAGCAAAAAAAUACGAAAAUCAAUUAAUUGAAGAAAAGAGGCAACAAUUCCAUAAAGAAUGGGAGACAGAAGUAGAUGUUCGUUUGAGAAAUGCCGCUUUGGCACAUGCUGAACAUUUGGAGAAAGUAAUUAGAACACAGAAACAGUUGCAUGAUAUUGAGAAUGCUCAAAUUGUUGAGGAAGCUGUUAAUAUUGAACGAAAUAAGUUUGCUAAACAGAUUGAAUUGGCUUUGGAUCUAGAAAAUCGACGUGCAAAAAUAUUUUGGAGUGUUUGCCAAAAUCUUGUUGAUUCUUUAAUUGGUCGAAAUAAUUCUCAACAUUUUAUACAAUUAAAUGAAAUUAAAUUAAUUAGUAAUUUGGGUGAACUUGAUGGUUUUGUUCAAACAAUUUGUAAUUGUUUUCCUAAAGAAAUAAAACAAGAUGAAUUAAACUAUGUUCAGACAGAAGAAGGGUUAAAGAAACGUUUUGAAAAGGUUUAUAAAUUAGCUCGUCGUACUGCUCAAAUUGGUGAAAACGGAGGAAGUCCAUUUGAAUAUUUCCUUUCAUGGUUACAAUCUUUAUUUGUUCUUCAAAUAGCAUCAGCCAACUAUUCAAAAGAUGAUAAAAUUGAUGUUGACAAAUAUGAGCCUUAUGAAAUUUUAAAUAGAAUUAAAUAUUUUGUUAAAAUUGGUGAUUUGAAAAAUGCUGUUCGUUUGGCUAAUUUAUUAAAGGGAGAAUCUGCUAGAACUUUUCAUGAUUGGAUUCGUGAUGCACAACUUCAUUUAGAGGCACGUUUUCUAUCUGAAUUGCUUCUUUCACAUGCUCAAGUCACCUUAAUUAGAACAACGUAUUAA